CUGUUCUUGCAAAAUUGGCUCAAGAAUUUUUGUAAAAAUGGCUCAUUCAAAAUGAGUCAUGUCAGGCUGAAAUAACUUAUAGCGGGGGUUGUUUGUAUAAACCAACUGGAAUAGUGACACUUUGAGAGUAUUUAAUAUGAAACCCCCAAACAAACUUACAGCAACAUUUUGACACAAACUGUUUUUUCACAAACUGAACUCUUAAUGAAGGGCAUGAAAUAUUUUAAAUUGUAUUUUACUUUCAUAUUCUGUUUCAUUAUAUGAAUCCUGUCGCUGUUUGUUCAUGCUUUUCUACUAUUGUCACCAACUGCAUCAAAUAAGAGGCAAUUGUGCUUGUUAAAUUACCACCCAAAUCAAAAAGCAGCUUAGAAUACAGUUAAAGAAGCAGCUCGUGGCAGAAUUUUUCAUAUUUGACACCUGACAUGCCUGCAGAUAAACACAUCAUUUUGUGUAUAUGGCUGCACAUCCACAUGCUGCAUUCCAAAUAAGCAUUUUUAUUUAUUUAUUUGUAAUUCAAUAAAGAUGCUAGAUUCUUACCACUGUUGGUGUGUGUUCCACAGCUUGUGUGUCAGACUAACACCUCAAACCUCUCUGUGACGACUGAGAAACGUGGUCAUCUUCAUCGCAUAACUUCCUCACCCUGUCAUCUAAAAUAUCACCUUCACUCUCCUGUGUCUCUUUGUCACAGUUGCAUCUGAUCGGACAAAAACCUUCUCUUCUUUUUAUGAACCACAAUCUCAGGACAAUGAAGAAGACGUUCAUCUGUGAUGACUCGAUGAUCAUCACUAUUCCCAUUGGGAGUCUGAAAUAUGCUCCAGAGGGUCAACUGAUGCCAGACGCCUUUCAGUGCGUCUUCAGAGACUCCUACAAGGUCUUUGUCAACAAGGGGAAACCGAAACCUCUUGGGGCAGCACAGGCUUUCACUGGUGUGUUCAUUUUGACUCUGGGUCUGGGUUUCAUUGAGGCACGUGACCCCACCUGGUACUACUGUGUUCUACUAAGUGUUUUGUUUGUGGUGUCUGGUGUGGUGUCAUAUGCUGCAGGAUGCUUCCCAAACAUUCAUCUGACAAAGUUUUCAUUCGCUCUGAACAUCAUCAGCUUCCUGUGGUCAGCUACAGCAAGCUGCUUUGGUUCUUGGUUGUUACAUGAGUACACCGUCCUCAAGCAGGUGACUAAAGGGGUUAACGGGAUGAUCACAUCUCUGCUGGUUGUCGAAAGCAUGAUUACUUUAUUCUUAAUCUACUGGCUGAGUAAAGCAGUGUGCAAGCAGCAGUUCAAUACUCUGCCCAUUAUACUGCUGAAACAGGGAGUCUGAAUUUCAACAACUGGACUUCAGUAAACCUAACAGUCUUCAUUUAAUGACAUUUCCUGUGUUAAAACCACCACCAACCUACAAGAAAUGCAACAGUUUCUUUAAAAAAAACUGCAUGUGAAUAAGCAGAGUGCUUUUUUGUACAAGUUGCACUAUAAUGUCAACCUUCUUACGUAUUAUCAGUAUAACUAAGAAAGCAUGCUGAUGUUCUCUUAUAUCAAAGUCCUGCAGAAGCUUACAUUGAGAAGCACGCUGGUGUAGGUUGGAGUGUUGUGAAUAUAAUAAAACAGGUUAUUGUAAAAUUAUACCCAGAAUCAGUGGCUCUGUCUGUAUGGAAACAUUUAAACCUGUUAUUG